AUGUCUUCCUUCCCCAAAACCCAGAAGAUCGUCUUCAUUGCCCAUCUCAAGCGCAACCCGAAUUUUAAGACGCGCGAAGAGUUCUGGAAGUACUGGGAAGGCCACCACGGUCCCCUCGCUGCGCCAAUGCUGUCGGUGUUUGGAGGGUUGCUCUAUCAACAAAUCCAAGUCUCGGGGACAGUAGUCUCCAACCAGCCACUUCCCAACACCAGAACGCCGACGAACGAAGUGAUCGAGUUCGACGGCAUUGCCAUCUUCACGCUCGCGGGUGACGCAGACGUACCUGGGUUCCUCAACGCGUUAGCCGGUAAUGCGGACUCGGAGGAUCCAAAGGUUAGAGAGCAGGUCAAGUACAAUCUCGAGGUCGUCAAGCCGGAUGAGCUGGUACUGCUGGAUGCGAAGGCACCAGGCAUGGGUGUCGUGAGGGUGGAGACGGGCAAUGUUGUUGGGUUUGACCUGGCGCCAACUUCCUAA